AUGUCUUUUGACGAAGCCAUGCAGAUGAGCAAGGAACUAAGAAAUUAUGUGAGGGAUCCGAAGCGAAGCAGGGACGAGAUUGCUGACCUAGAGGCAGAAUUCGCUCAAAGUUGGAGUUUGGAAGCUCCUGCAGAGCUUCGUGAAGUCUUGGAGCAAGUCCUCUUUCCAGAGAUCGUUGCUGCACGUGAGGAGCGAGAAUCCCGGCAGCCAAUUGCUCGUCUCUGA